AUGAAAGGCAUAAAGAUGAAAAAUAUAUUUGCCAAGGUGGAAGAGAGGCCGACACCACCUCAGAUCUAUAAUUGGAGGAUCUAUGCAACCGCGGUGCUGGCAUCGACGGCUUCCGUUCUUAUCGGUUAUGACAGUGGGUUUAUUGGAGGAUGUGUGUCUAAUCCACACUUUUUACCCAAUUUCAAUAUUGAAACGGGAACUACAGAAGCUGAUAAUACUUCUGCCAAUGUGAUAUCAGUUUUCCACGCAGCAGCUUUCUUUGGAGCAUUAUUUGGUUAUCCUUUGGCGCAUUAUUGGGGACGUAGAGUAGGUUUAAUUGUGGUUUCUGCCAUUGGUGCUAUCGGGGCCGCAGUGAUGAUGGCUGCCAUUACGGGAAGUUUGGCACCAAUUUACAUUGGGCGUGUGCUCACUGGAUUCACAGUCGGUGCAUCAACAAAUUUAACAGUUGUUUAUUUGAGUGAAGUGUCACCUUCGCCUAUUCGUGGUCAAAUCGUUGCAUUGUACGAGCUGGGAUGGAGAGUUGGAGAUCUCGUUGGGUUUUGGAUCAAUUAUGGUGUGGUAGAACAUGUGCCUGCUGGUAACAGGCAGUGGUUGAUCCCUAUGGGGGUACAAGUGAUCCCAGCUGCGAUGUUCUUUGCGGCUUCUUUUAUCAUGGUAGAAUCGCCUCGUUGGUUAUUCCAAGUUGGCCGUGAUGCAGAAGCUGUCAAGAACUUGACUUGGUUGAGGAAUUUGACUGUUGACGAUGAGUACAUGGAGUGGGAAAUUAACUCUAUUAAAGAAUCUAUCGAAAUGCAAAAUAGAACGGUUGGGAAUGGGAUUUUUGAUCCAGCAAAGGAAGUGUUUGUUAACAACACCAAAUAUUUUAAGAGAUUGGGAAUCACUUGUUGUCUCUUCUUGUUUCAAAAUUUUAUGGGUAUUCAGGCAUUGAACUAUUACAGUGUGCAACUUUUCAAGAGUCUAGGUGUCAAGGGUACAAACGCCAGUCUAUUUUCCUCGGGUUUGUUUGGUGUCUGUAAAUUCAUUUGCACAUUCAUUUACGUCUUCCUAAUAGUGGAUUGUUUUGGUAGACGUAUUGCAUUUUUGGUUUCGUCCUCCUUCUGUACAAUCUUCUUCUGGUACAUCGGUGCUUAUUUAAAGGUAGCUGAUCCCACCAGACCUGGCGCGGAUGCUGGUCAAGGUGGAAAGGCGGCCAUUGCAAUGAUGUAUCUAUGGACAUGCUCUUUCAUAAUGGCAUGGUCUGGAGGUCCAUUCGUUUGGGCUGCAGAAGUUUACGAGCAGAAUAUUAGAGUCUUUACUCAGAGUCUCAACGCCGCCGUCUCAUGGGUCCCAAUCUUUAUUAUGACUCGUCUCACCACUAACAUGGUAAACACUAUGCACUACGGUAUUUUCUUCUUCUUUGCAAGUAUCGCCCUACUAUCCAUUCCUUUCGUUUAUUUCUUUGUUCCAGAAACUAAGGGUAUUCCAUUGGAAGAGAUCGACAAGUUAUUCAAGAAAGGUACUCCUGCCCGUAGAGCUCAUACUACUGUCAGUGAAGAACUCAAACGUGUUAGUGAUAAGGACAUUAUUUCUGGUUCGACUAACGGCGAUGUAGAUGAUUAUCCAAAAAAGAAGUGCGAAGAAGUCUUUAUCGAAAAUGCGAGUCGUUCCUCUGGCAGGUAA